ACUCAGCGCCAAAGGUGCCUACUUGUGCGCCUGCGCCGUGACCUAGACGUGGGACUGCCUGAACUGGAAACCAUGGCGUGGGUACCAGCGGAGUCCGCAGUGGAGGAGUUGAUGCCUCGGCUGUUGCCAGUGGAGCCAUGCGAUUUGGCAGAGGGUUUCGAUCCCUCCGUACCUCCGAGGACGCCUCAGGAAUACUUGAGGCGGGUCCAGAUCGAAGCAGCUCAAUGUCCAGAUGUUGUGGUAGCGCAAAUUGACCCAAAGAAGUUGAAAAGGAAGCAAAGUGUGAAUGUUUCCCUUUCAGGGUGCCAACCUGCUCCUGAAGGGUAUUCUCCCACACUUCAGUGGCAACAGCAGCAAGUGGCACAGUUUUCAGUUGUUCGACAGAGUGUCAACAGACAUAGAAGUCACUGGAAAUCACAACAGUUGGAUAGUAACGUGACCAUGCCAAAAUCUGAAGAUGAAGAAGGCUGGAAAAAAUUUUGUUUGGGUGAAAGGUUAUGUGCUGAAGGGGCUGUUGGACCAGCUAAGAAUGAAAGUCCUGGAAUUGAUUAUAUACAAAUUGGUUUUCCUCCUUUGCUUAGUAUUGUUAGCAGAAUGAAUCAGGCAACAGUAACUAGUGUCUUGGAAUACCUGAGUAAUUGGUUUGGAGAACGAGACUUUACCCCAGAAUUGGGAAGAUGGCUUUAUGCUCUAUUGGCUUGUCUUGAAAAACCUUUAUUACCUGAGGCCCAUUCACUGAUUCGGCAGCUUGCAAGAAGAUGCUCUGAAGUGAGGCUCUUAGUGGACAGCAAAGAUGAUGAGAGGGUUCCUGCGUUGAAUUUAUUAAUAUGCUUGGUUAGUCGGUAUUUUGACCAACGUGAUUUAGCUGAUGAGCCAUCUUGAUGUAGCUGAUCUCUCAGGAAUAGAAGAUACUUGUGAUGAAAGCAGCCCAAGUCUGAGGAAGUACAAUGCCAAUUAAAGUGCAAAUUGCAUCACAUCUUCUACAUUAUGUGAAAGGUCUUCAUCUUAGCCUAUGCAACUCAAGUUGAUAUGCAGAAGAUUGUGUAUGGAUUUGAAUAUCUGAAGUAUCUGUUGAAAAUCUCACCUUGUUUUUGAUAAACUUUUUAAAGUUUUCUAUUACCACAUGCAAAACUGUAUGAUGAAAUUUUACAAAUGUCCUUGGUGCUGUUUCAUUGUUUAUAUGUAUAAACAUAAAAUUUUAUUGAAAUGUGUUUUGGUUACUAACAUUUUGUUGACUGACUCUUGAAUAAAAUACAGUGGAGAAAGGU